AUGUCAAACUUAAUUUUGGCAGGGGCUGACCAGCCAGACGAUCACAGAGGACCCGACAUUCUGGGAGCCGUGGCCACAGUAACUUCGAUCGCAUUGGUCACGGUAUGCGCCCGAGUGUUCGUACGUCUACGCAUGGUCCAUAUGUUUGGUCUCGAUGACUGGAUGAUCAUUGCAUCGAUGAUCCUCUCCAUUACUGGUUUCGGGAUCGUCGUUGGUCAAGUCAUGUAUGGCGCUGGUCGCCAUGCUGCGUAUCUUGAUCCAGAGGUGAACAAGUACGGGCUCAUGCUCAACUUUGUGUCGCAACCGAUAUACUUGUGGGCAAUUCCUCUCGUCAAGCUGUCGGUCGGGUUUUUUCUUCUGCGAAUCGCCCCCAAUAAGCUGUAUCGUCGGAUUCUACAAGGGACAAUGAUCUUUCUGAUGGCGUACACUUUCAUGUGUUUUAUGACACUUAUGUUGCAAUGCCAAAACAUUGCAGUGCUCUGGGACUCGAGUGUAAAGACGACCUGCUGGGCGACUAAGACCACACUGGGACUCAGCUAUGCGAACUCAAUUGUCAACAUUCUUACCGACAUGUUUUUCGCCGUAAUCCCGAUUCCCAUGCUUUGGAAUGUACAAAUCAAUUCUCGGACGAAGGCCUCGCUCAUCUGCAUCAUGGGCCUGGGUGUUUUUGCUUGUGCGGCGGCGAUUGUCAAAGCUGUUUACAUCUCGAAUUACGGCAAGUCUGGCGACUUUCUCUGGGACUCAGCCAACUUGACGAUUUGGAUCUCGACCGAACUCAAUACCGGAAUCGUCGCCGCCUGCCUGCCUUGUCUCAAGCCUAUGUUCAAGAGGAUCCUUGACAGCUCUCUCAGAUACACGUCUUCGAACAAGAAAGACGGCUACAAUCUCCGCACCUACGGCCCUGGUACCGGACCCGGUUCCAAGUACGGGCGAUCUAUUACGACUACGCAGAUAGGGACUCGUCACAACAGAUCCGGCCACGAUUUGGACGAUAACCUAAGCGAAGAGAGUAUACUAUCGGGGAGGAAUCUGCAGCCUCACGCCAUCACCAAGACAACCGUUGUCGUGGUAGAUCGGACAGACGCCGACGAACGACCCACGUCUUCCGGCUGGUCCAAGAGGCUAGAUAUUACACCAGAGCAGAAAAUAGAGGAUAGGCUCUGA